AUGCGAGGUGUCAUCGCCCACACAGCUCCUCGUCGCUGCUCCAUUCUCUUGCGCGGACUCACAUCCCACGCUCGAUCAGCCCACAUGCCUCUGUUGAAGGCAUCGUUUACAAGCACGGCUCUGCAGCCGCGUGAUCCAUCGACUGGAUCUAGAGAAAACCAACGAGUUUCGAUCUUCGAAGCCCUUCGUCGACCUGAGGACCAAGCACGAAAGAAGCAAGCUCGACUCCAAAGACUGAAGGACCAUGCGGCUACUUUGGGAGGCAAGUGCUUGGCAGAGGAGUACCAGAACAGCAGGACAAAGGUUCUUUGGCGGUGCACUUACGGUCACACAUGGUACGGGACUCCGAACAAUGUUCUGUCAGGCAAGUCUUGGUGCCCUCAUUGCAGCUCGAAAGCGCCGGUAGGGCUGAGGCGCCUCCGCGCCCAUGCUGCGACAUUGGGUGGUCAAUGCUUGGCGACUUCAUAUGUGAACAACCGCCAGAAAAUCUCAUGGCAAUGCAAGUUCGGGCAUGUGUGGGAAGCAAUUCCGAGCAGUGUGCUGCACCAAGGGACUUGGUGCCCGAUGUGCGCCCGUCUAGCUCGAAGCAGUCAACCCCAGCAGGCGAAACAGCCAAGAGUCAUGGUAACUUUGCACCGUUUGCAGCAGCAUGCUGUCGCGAAGCGUGGCUCGUGCCUGGCACAGGGGUAUGUGAACAGCCACACCAAAGUACUUUGGCAGUGCGAGCUGGAGCACGAGUGGCAUGCUACUCCAAGCAGCGUGUUGCACAAAGGAAGUUGGUGCCCGACUUGUGCUGGCAAAGCGCCAAAGACCUUGCAGCAGUUGAGAAACCAUGCCGAGGCGCUAGGUGGUCGGUGCCUCAGCACAGACUACUCGAACGCUCGUGCACCUUUGAGAUGGACCUGCGCCUUUGGUCAUGAAUGGCUGGCCUCCGCAAGUUCAAUCAUGUCACAAAAGACCUGGUGUCCUCAUUGCGCGAAGAAAGCGCCCAUUGGUCUUGCACGUUUGCAAGCACAUGCCGCAUCCCUGGGUGGAAGAUGCCUGUCAAGUAAGUAUCUGAAUAGCUUCAGCAUGCUUUUUUGGGAAUGCGAACACGGACACACGUGGAAGGCCUCCGCAGGAAACAUUUUACAUCGUUCCACUUGGUGUCCACAGUGCGCAGCCUUGACAUGGCGGAACGAGUCAGAGGUUCGACAAAUCUUGGAAUCAGUUUUUGUGCCAGCAAAGUUUGACACCAUAUUUCCGGCUUUCUUACAGGGAUUGCAGCUAGAUGGCUACAACGCUGCGUUGAACCUUGCUUUCGAGUAUCACGGUGAGCAACAUUACGAACCGGACAGCUAUUUCCACUUCGGGGAUGUGUCCAAAUUCGAGAGGCAGCAAAAGCGGGACUCGCGAAAAGUGCAACUCUGCGCCCAAGCCGGGGUACGCCUCGUGGUGGUACCUUUUUUCGUGAAGGACAAACACAGUUUUGUACGUUUGGCGCUGCUGCAGUGGUUCUCUGUUUCUGAAGUGAACCCUGUCAUGCUCAUGGGCAGGGCGAGGACUGAUUCCCUGCUGCUGGAUGACGGAUACAGUAGAGUGGAAGAGCCCCGCCUGUAG